GUGUGGGCGGGACGAGAAACGCAGGUCCUGGAAGCUGGGCCAGGAGUCGGCGCCUGGAGCGGGGCCAACGACAGCCCUUGAGCUCAGCGCUGCUGCUUCGGGCCGGAACUUCCUGCGUUCCAGGCCAGCCAGUCCUAGCCUGGGCCGGGUGUGCGCGCCCGCGUCACUCGCGGCUUCUCCGGAGCCGGGGGGCCCGGGCCCUACUCCUUGCCACGCGCCGGAGACCUGGGUCCGCCGGUCCGGCAGUGCCCCGCGCCCCUGCACUAGCCGGGAGCCUGAGGGCCCGCCGCACCUGGAACCAGGCGGGGGGGGGGGGACUGGGGGCUCACCCGUUUCUGGCAGCUCCGCCGCGAGACCGGUCCCGAUGGCGGCGGCGGUGCUCAGGGACCCGGCGGAGGGCUGUGUGACCUUUGAGGACGUGACCAUUUACUUCUCCCAGGAGGAGUGGGGGCUCCUUGAUGAGGCUCAGAGACUCCUGUACUGCGACGUGAUGCUGGAGAAUUUUGCACUUAUAGCCUCGCUGGGACUUACAUCUUUCAGGUCUCACAUAGUUGCCCAGCUGGAGAUGGGAGCAGAGCCAUGGGUACCUGACAGAGUGGACAUGACUUCCGCGAUGGCAAGAGGGGUCUACAGUGGGCCUGGCCCUGAUUUUUGCUCUGGAACAGAGGGUGAGCAUAGCACAUCUAUAGGAGUGCCACAUGACCAGAAUGCCAAGGCAGCCCUGUUUGACCAGAAGGACUACUCCUGUGACAUGUGUGGCCUACACUUGAAAGACAUUUUGGCCCUUGCUGAACACCGGGCAGCACAUCCCAGGCAGAAGCCAUACAUGUGUGAGGCAUAUGGGAAAGAGUUGAAAUCUAAUGCAAACGAGUACCAGCAUCCGAUGCAGCAGAAUGUGGACACGCCUAUCAGAAGGGAUGAGGACAGGGCCUCACUCAUGAAGAGCUGCAGAGAUGACAUAUCAAAGAAACCUUUCACAGUCAGGGACGGUGGGAAGGACUUUGUGGACGGGAAGGCCAGAUCCGGCUUUCUGCGGCAUCAGGUGACUCAGAGAGUGGAGGAGCCACCCCAGGAUGCUGGUGUGGGGGAUCGCCACACUGUGCAAAGACAUAACAAGUGCAGUGAAUCUGGGAGCACUUUCAGUGACAAACCCACGCUUGCUCUGCACCAGAGAACCCACACUGGAGAAAGGCCUUAUGAGUGCAACAAAUGUGGGGUAUUCUUUAGCCAUGCCUCCAGCCUCUUUCAACACCAGAGAGACCACAAUAGAGGAAAGCCUUAUGAGUGCCGGGAAUGUGGGAAGUUUUUUAGCCAACACUCCAGUCUCAUUAAACAUCAAAGAGUUCACACUGGGGAAAGCCCCCAUGUGUGCAGCGAAUGUGGGAAAUUCUUUAGCCGAAGCUCCAACCUCAUUCAACAUAAGAGAGUUCACACUGGGGAGAAGCCUUAUGAGUGCAGUGAAUGUGGGAAAUUCUUCAGCCAGCGCUCCAACCUCAUUCAUCAUAAGAGGGUUCAUACUGGCAGAAGUGCUCAUGAGUGUAGUGAGUGUGGGAAAUCUUUCAACUGCAACUCCAGCCUCAUUAAACAUUGGAGGAUUCACACUGGAGAAAGACCUUAUAAGUGCAAUGAAUGUGGGAAAUUCUUCAGCCACAUAGCUAGUCUUAUCCAACAUCAGAUAGUCCACACUGGUGAACGGCCUUACGGGUGCAGUGAAUGUGGGAAAGCCUUCAGCCGAAGCUCUGACCUCAUGAAGCAUCAGAGAGUUCACACUGGGGAACGGCCUUAUGAGUGUAUCGAAUGUGGGAAAUUGUUUAGUCAGAGCUCCAGCCUCAAUAGCCAUCGGAGACUUCACACUGGCGAACGGCCUUAUCAGUGCCCUGAAUGUGGGAAAUUCUUUAACCAAAGCUCUAGCCUCAAUAAUCAUCGGAGACUUCACACUGGUGAGCGGCCUUAUGAGUGCCUUGAAUGUGGGAAAACCUUCAGGCAAAGGUCUAAUCUGAGGCAGCACCAGAAGGUUCACAAACCAGACAGGCCAUAUAAGUGCAGUGAGUGUGGAAAAGCCUUUAGCCAGAGGCCUACCCUUAUCCGGCAUCAGAAAAUUCACAUUAGAGAAAGGAGUGCAGCGAAUGUGCUUCCUCCUCCAGCACAGCCAUGUGCAGUGGAGACAAACGCUGAGGGCAGAGGUUGAAGCUUGUUCAUCCCAAUGUCCACACAGGGCAGAUUCCUUGUGAAUACUAGUUAUGUUGGAAGCUUUCUGGACAAAGUGUCUUUUUCUCACCAUGGACUUGACCAGACUUUGUCACUGCAAGUAGAAGCCAUUUUAGCUCUCCCCACUGGCAGGUCUCCAAAAGUGUGUCUCAACUGGUCCCUGUGUUCAGACCUCUUCUUGUUCCAAGAGGGAACCCCGAGUAGCCUGAGGCCAAAGAAGAUGUCAUGCCCUCUUUCUGUGACCAGUGUACCUCUGGACAUGACCCAUCUUUGACCGUGAAGACCUGAGCUGGGUUCUGCUGGCAGCUUGCAGAGUUUUCCCUUUUUUCAAGGGCAUGGUUGAUCUCCGUGAUGCUCAUGAUGGAUUUAUCCAGACUCCACAUUACCCGUCCCAACAACUACCUAGUUUACAUCGCCUUAUUGAUAAAGCCACUUUUAAUCUAAUGUGUUUUGAUGACUGUGAAGUAGGUUGAGAACACAGUUAAGGUCUACCAAACUAAAAGGGUCUCCAAACCUAUUGCCUCAGAGGGGACAGCAGGUUGGUGGAGAAGAGCUCUCAGUCCAGAUUUGGCCUUCUUUAUAAGUUGCUAUGCAAGGCCUCCUGGGGAAGAUCGUAGGACCUUGUGGGACAAAUGUGAUCUGAAUGGCAUGAAUUUUCGUGAACCAGAGAUAACCCUGAGGAUGAGGCAGGUGUGACAACCUCCACUGCAUCUGGGAGCUGCAUGAAUGGGGUCCCAUGUUUCCAGGGGAUGCCUCACUUUCCCUAGCACUGUUGAUCAGACACUGUUUACCUGUCAUCCGCCAAGGAGCCAUUUGCCUUGAAGUCUAGCAUCUGGUAUGCUGGUGUCCUAACUGUCUUACUGGGCCCAGUUGAGACCACAAUUUGUAUGGAAGCACUGGGGUUGAUAACAGAGUAGGUGAGGUUGCAGCAAACUAGAGGGAAUGUACCUGUUCUAAAAGUGCAUCCACAAAUGUUCCCUUGAGUGUGACUGUGCAGGAUUCAGCCUUUGUAGAAAUUCUCAGAAGCUCCAGACCUCUGUCCUAUGACGUAGGCCACUGAUAGAGCAAAACUCUAAAGGUUUUGUGGGUACUAAGGCCCUCUGCCCCAUUCAUGCCACAGCCAUUGCUGCGUUGGCAGGGAAAUGGGGGCUGAGAGAAGGUAGAUAUUGUACUCCAGGGAUGGAGCAUUUGUGACAUAGCCAGCCAUUUUUGCUGCCACGAUAUGAGAGAGGAGAGUCAAUAGAAGGCUGCCAAAUCUUCUAAUUUCUAAAAUGAAUGGGAGAUCAGAUUUUUAUGUGCAACAAUUUCUUUAAAUGCUUUAUUGAGAUAUAAUUGUCAUAAGUUUUUUAGUAUAUGUACACUCAGGGAACCACCACAAAAAUCAUAAUGAACCUAUCCAUCACCACAAAGCUACCUCGUGCUAAAUCUUUACUAUCCCUCCUUGCCUUCCCAGGAAACCAUAAAUUUACCUUUUUUUCCCCAUCAUAGAUUUGUUGGCCUUUCUUAGAAUUUUAUACAACUUGAAUCAUAAAGUAUUUAUACCCUAUAUUUGGUCUGUUUUCCUUCACAUCAUAAUUAUCUUGAGAAUUAUCCAUGCUGAAUGUAUGAAUAGUUAAUUCCUUUUGCUACUGAGUAGGGUUCUAUUGAGUGAAUCCAUCAUAAUUUUUCAUGCUUUAUUUUUUAAUUAAAAAAUAUCUAAUACACAUAAAAUUUACCAUCGUAACUAUCUUUAAGUGCACAGUUCAGGGGUAUUAAGAACAUUCAUAUUGUGCAGCCAUUACCAUCAUUCAUAUCAUGAGCUCUUUUCAUGUUGUAAAACUGAAACUCUGUACCCAUUAAACAAUAAUGCCAAUGUUCCCCCUCCCCUGAGCUCCCAGAUACCUCCAUUCUACUUUCUGUCUCUGUGAAUUUGUUCCAGAUACCUCACAUGAAUGAAGUCAUACAGUAUUUGUCUAUUUGUGACUGGUUUAUGUCACUUAGCAUAAUGUUCUCAAGGCUCAUCCAUGUUUUUGUAGCAUGUGUCAGAAUUUCCUUUUUAAGGCUGAAUAAUAUGCCAUUGAAUUUCUAUGUCAUAUUUUCCCUUUCAUUAAUCUUUCAAUGGAUGUUUGGUUUACUUCUACCUUUUGGCUAUUGUGAAUUAUGCAGCUAUGAACAUAGGUGUACAAAUAUCUCUUUGAGAC